UCUCUCUCUCUCUCUCUCUCUCUCUCUCUCUCUCUCUCUAUCUCACUCUCACCUGUAUUUAUUUGAUUAUAAUUUAAUAAUGGACGAGAUUUGUUAGACCAAAACCAAAUCAAACCAAACCAAACAGCCCCGUUUCCACUUCUAUUUCCUCACUGAUUGUUUCUUUUUCCAUCGGGGAAAAAAAAGGAAAAAACCCCAACCAAACCAAAAUUGAAAUCAUCCCAAACCAUCCAAUUAUCAACCUCUUUCUUUUCCAUUCCCUUUCCUCUCUCUUUCGAUUUCGAUCAAAGGGUUUUUCUUUUUCGUUGGCUUUUUGUGUCUCCCAUGGCUGUUGCAUCUGAUGAAGUCACAAACAUAUGCAGUCACUGUGACAGAGCUAUCCCUUCGUUAAAUAUUGAUCUGCAUUAUGCUCAUUGCUCCCGCAAUCUUGAAAGAUGUAAAGUCUGUGGUGAUAUGGUUCCUAAACGUCAUGCUGAGGAACAUUACUUGAACACUCAUGCUCCGGUAUCCUGUUCACUGUGUAGUGAGACAAUGGAACGUGAAAUAUUACCUAUCCAUAAAGGUGAAAAUUGCCCACAAAGGAUUGUCACAUGCGAGUUCUGUGAGUUCCCAUUGCCUGCAAUUGAUCUAGCUGAGCAUCAGGAAGUGUGUGGGAACAGGACAGAACUUUGCCAUCUUUGUAACAAAUAUAUUAGGCUCCGAGAAAGAUAUGCCCAUGAAACUAGGUGCAAUGGUGUCUCAGAAAAUACCGUGGGAUCUUCCAGGGACGUGAGGCCCACCGAAAGAGACCAAGGUGCUCAAAGAAGACAGCCGAACGAGUUCUCACGGAAACGCCUAAUAUUUACUAUUGCAAUUACAGGCAUUGCUGUUAUUUUAGGAUCUCUUUUUUUCCAGAGGAAAACAGAGAACAGUCAAGUGCAUUAACAGAAGAGAAGUAAUAUUUAUUUAUGUACAUCUUGGCAGCUUCAUUUUAUCUGUAUCCUAUAUCAUUUAAAGUACAUCUCUAUAUCUGUACUAAACUUGAUUGAGAUUGUGAUAGUAAUCUUGAAUGCUACUCGUGAUACUUGUUCA